ACCAGUUUUUCAGCGGCUGCAAAUUUAUACAAAACCCCUAAACCUUCUUCCUCCUGCGCACCCCGAGCCUGGUUCACACUUCGCCCUCAAAUGGUUUCUUCAGAAUUCGUUUUCGAGCCUCCCAGCGAUGAAGAGGUUUCAUACCGUUCAGACGUUGAAAGUGACGAGGAGGAGGAUGAAGAUGCAGAGGGAAACGAGACCGAAUCCCUAGCUAAAAGCAAGAAAUCGCAGUCACCUUGGGACUUUUCUUCCUAUUCCGAGUCCGUCGCCGAUGAACACGCCCGCCAUAGCACUACGUCAGUAGAUCACAAAAUCUCCAAGGCUGUCGAACAACGCUCCGCCCCAAUUGCGGCCACCUCUGAGUCCGACGAUGGCGGCAAUAGCGAUUCUGAGCCACACCACCAGGAGGACUAUAUACCGGAUGAGGAAGAAGACGACCAUGUGGAUACAAGUGUAGGAGCUAAAAAACCCUUCUUUGCAUCAGCUGAGGGGGUCUCAUUCCAUGCCGACUCAUUCUUGGAUCUUAAUCUGUCUAGGCCAUUGCUACGAGCUUGUGAAAAAUUAGGCUAUACAAAACCCACACCAAUUCAGGCAGCUUGCAUCCCGUUGGCAUUAACUGGUCGUGAUAUAUGUGGAAGUGCCAUUACGGGUUCUGGGAAGACAGCUGCCUUUGCAUUACCAACUCUAGAGAGACUUCUGUACCGUCCUAAGAAUAGGCCUGCUAUUAGAGUGCUUAUUCUUACCCCAACUCGUGAGUUGGCUGCUCAAAUCCAUAGUAUGAUAAAAAAUCUUGCACAGUUUAUGACUGAUAUCCGGUGCUGUUUAAUUGUUGGUGGGCUCGAAGCGAAGGACCAAGUUUCGGCAUUGAGAUCAAUGCCUGAUAUUGUUGUUGCAACUCCAGGACGCAUGAUAGAUCAUCUUAUCAAUUCUUUGUCCGUUGAUUUGGAUGAUCUUGCAGUUCUUAUUCUUGACGAAGCAGAUCGCCUUCUGGAACUUGGCUUUAGUGACACAAUUCGUGAACUGGUUAGACACUGCCCCAAACGUAGACAGACCAUGUUGUUUUCUGCAACUAUGACAGAAGAAGUUAACAAUCUUAUCAAUCUCUCUUUGAAUAAACCUGUGCGCAUAUCUGCUGAUCCAUCUGCUAGACGACCAUCAACAUUGACUGAAGAGGUGGUUAGGAUACGGAGAAUGCGCGAAGCAAACCAGGAGGCAGUGCUUCUUGCUUUGUGCUCUAAAACAUUCACUUCUAAAGUGAUUAUAUUCAGUGGAACAAGAGAGGCUACCCACAGAUUAAGGAUUUUAUUUGGUUUAGCUGGUUUAAAAGCUGCUGAGCUGCAUGGCAAACUAACACAAGCUCAACGUAUGGAAGCAUUGGAGGUUUUCAGGAAACAUGAGGUGGACUUUUUGAUCACAACCAAUGUUUGUGCUCGUGGACUUGACAUUAUUGGAAUUCAAACAGUUAUCAAUUUUGCAUGUCCCCGCAGUACUACAAAUUACCAGCAUCAAGUGGGGCGUACAGCUAGAGCUGGUAAAUAUGGUUGUGCAGUUACAUUUGUUACUGAUAAUGAUCGCUCACUACUGAAAAGCAUUGUUAAACAAGUUGGUUCUAAGCUGAAGAAUAGAAUUGUUUCUGAGCAAUCAAUAGUCAAAUGGAUUAAAUUAAUAGAGCAGAUGGAAGACCAAGUUGCACAAAUCCUCCGGGAAGAGAGGGAAGAAAUGGCUAUGAGGAAAGCUGAAAUGGAAGUAACAAAGGCAGAAAACAUGAUUGCACACAAGGAUGAGAUAUUUUCACGCCCUAAGAAAACAUGGUUUAUGACAGAGAGGGAGAAAAAGGUUGUGGCCAAGGCAGCUAAGGACGCUACGGAAGCUGGAAGCGAUUCCGUGAAAAAGGUAAUUAGUGCUAAACAAGCAGAAGACCUCAAGAUGAAGGAGAAGAGGAAGCGAGAAUAUGAGAAACAUCUGCCUAGGAAGAAAAGGAGGAAGCUGGAGGCCGCCCGAGAACUAUUAGAAGAUGAGAAUGCUUCAAAGGAAAGAAAUGAGGAAACAAAGAAAAACAAGAAGGCCGGAAUAAAUGUUGUUGAUCUGGCCUAUCGUCGGGCAAAAGCUGUCAAAUCUGCAAAGAAGGCUGCCGAUGCUGGAAAGAUCAUAAGAAAGGCUGGGAAGAACACAAAAAGAACUGCCAAAGUAACUCAAUCCAGGACAGAGGAGAUGCGGCAACUCUUCCAAGGGGAUAUGAGCGAGGAUAAAAAGAAGAAACCACGUUCUGGUGCCGUUAAAAAGAAAUCCUCAUUCAAAAGCAAGUCUAGGUAUAAGAGAAGGUAAUACUCCAUAGCUUACUGGCAAAACCUAGCUAGAGACGUGACGUGGCACGACAUACUCCGGAGAGAAUUGCAUUCAAGAAACUUCCAUGAAAUUAAAUGUAUUUUUUCCAGCUAUUCUGCAAAUGUAUUCCUUAUAGCCUACAUUCUUGUGAUAGUACGAGUGUUGUUUCCAAGGUUAUGAAAUUUUGCUUAUUUAGUUUGUGAUUACCUUUGGGAAAUAUACAUAUGCAUAUUCUUUUUGCAGACGUAUCACUAUAAUCAUUAUGAUAAUUUCCUGUUUUACUUGUUUUUUGGAUGUAUUGGUGCCUUUUUUUUGUUACCGCUUUUUGGUGUCCAU